UAUUUCCCUCUUUCCUUUUUUCUCUCUCCCAAAACCAGGUCUACGGCUUUAGGUCCAAUAGGUUUCUAGGCUCAAGCCCAUUAACCCUCUCCCUCUCCGUUUCUCUCUCUGCAAAACCCUAGAUCUCGGAAAGCCUGAAAGAAGCUCGGCGUUUGGGCCUCCGAUAGGCAGAUCCAUCGUAUCCCCCUCAGUACAUCUCUGCCGUAAAGAACGGUGCAGAGAAGAAGACCAGGCCAUUGAUUAGUUCCCUGUGAUAAAUUAGCAGAAAAAGAUGGAUCUUGUUAACCCUAACUACAGGAACCAUUCGAGGCUUCUGAUGAUUUCGUUGGGAGUGUUUUAGCUAAUAUUAGUAGAGGUGAAGCCCACGGCCAAUCUGACAAUGUAUGAGCUUUCUCGUGGACUUCGUCUUGAUCGAGUUCAUAAGCCCAAGCCUGGCUGGAGCGGUCGUGGGCUUUGGCCGAGGGUGGGUUGCCGACGGAGACUAUGACCUGAGACUUCCCUUUUUGUCCAGUGGACAAUCAUAUUAGAUCAUGGAUUCAUUGUUAAAAAUUGAAAAGAGAGCCCUGAGACAAAAGUCUGAUCCGAGCCAGCCAAGGUUGUGGGAGCGUUUCCUUCAGGCUUGUUCACUGUUGUCUCUUUGUGAUCCAGCCCGCUUAACUCCCUAUCUUCCUGCCGGUGCCAGAGAUAAAUGAAUAUGGGCCUUACCAGCCCACGAAGAAUAUGAUGGCCCGGCCCGGGCCAGCAUCCAGGAUGAGCUAGGUCUUAGUAGUCUAGAUCAGUGUCUGACUCUUUAAAGUGCUGACGUAAAUAAUGACGUCACUGACAAUUGAUGGGGGUUUUUGGGAUUCUUUUGUGAGAACUCGUGGAUUUGCAGUACAGUGUCAGGGACUGAGAUCAAGUGGCUUGUUUGGGAGGUGCUACUGAGCAAAUUAAUUGGAUCCUGAUGUUAGCUUGAUUGGUUUUAUUUAGGGCAUCCAUUGCUCAGCUGGACCUGAUAUUCAACCAUGGCACUACUGAGCUUUAAUGAUCUAUAACAUGGUGCUUUUGUGGAGUUUGAAUUGAAAAUAUUCUCUGAUGAGAUGGUUUGGUACUCCCUUCAAACAGGCAGGUGCACUGUGCAUACAGAUAUGGGCAUGUGGCCUGCAAUUAUGUGUGCUUAUGUCUGUCCUAAUUUCAGAAUUUCAAACUUCGAUUAUUUGGAUUUUGAAGUUCUUCGGUAUGGAACCAACUGGAACUCGAAAUGAUGGUGAAGGAAUAAUGGGAAUAAAAAGGCACAAAAGAUUCCAGCCAAAGAUCAGUGUAACCUUGGUACAAGACAUGGGUGCCAAGUGUAUUCAGGUGCUUGAAUUUCCACGAUGAUGGUUGCAGCAAGUGAAAACAAUAAUGAGCUAGCUAUAGCUAAUCCAGAGCCGCAGGCGCAGCCUAAUAACAAGCGGAGGCGGAAGAAGUCCAUUGUGUGGGAACACUUUACCAUUGAAGCUGUGGGUGCUGGAUGUACCAGGGCUUGCUGUAAGCAGUGCAAGCAAACCUUUGCAUAUAGUACAGGCUCAAAAUUGGCAGGAACCAGCCACCUCAAACGACACAUUAUGUUAGGGACCUGCCCAGCAACCCGUCGUAAUCAGGAAAAGAAUCAAUUAACACCAUAUAGCCCCACCAAAGCUGGUAAUCUUACUGAUCCACCACCAAGGAGACGCUACAGAGCAAGUCCCGGCACACUAAGCUUGUUUGAUCAGGACCGAUGCCGCCAUGAGAUUGCUAAGAUGAUUGUCAUGCAUGAGUAUCCACUUCACAUGGUAGAACAUCCUGGUUUUGUAGCUUUUGUCCAGAAUCUUCAACCUAGAUUCAACAUGGUAAAUUUUAGCACUGUCCAAGGUGAUUGUGUGGCACUUUACCUUAGAGAGAAGCAAAAUCUUCUGAAGGUUUUGGAAGCGAUUCCUGGGAGGAUCAGCCUUGCCUUGGACUUGUGGACCUCAGAUCAAACCCUGGGCUAUGUGUUUGUGGUGGGGCACUAUAUUGACAGUGACUGGAAGUUGCAUAGGCGGAUUCUUAAUGUUGUUAUGGUACCAUCUAUUGAAACUGGAAAUGCAUUCAAUUAUGCUGUUGGCACUUUCCUUUCUGAUUGGAGUUUAGAGAACAAGCUAUUUACUGUAACUUUGAACCAGCAGCUCUUGAAUAACAGUGCGAAUGGAGAUAUUAGAGGUUACCUCUCUGUCAAGAACCCACUUAUGCUUAAUGGGCAAUUAUUAAUAGGCCAUUGCUAUGCCCAUGUUUUAAGUAUUAUUGCACAAGAUGCACUAGUAGCACUGCAGGAAACCAUUAGUAAAGUCCGUGCAAGUGUAAAGUAUGUGAAGACGUCAGAUACCCAUGAAGAAAAGUUCAUCGAGCUUAAACAACAGCUUCAAGUCCCAAGCACCAAGAGCUUAUCAAUUGAUGACCUAACAAAAUGGAAUACGACAUAUCUCAUGCUAGUUGCUGCCUUGGAAUUAAAGGAAGUUUUUUCUUGUUUGGAUACCUCUGAUCCUGAGUACAAGGAUGCGCCAACCAUGGAUGACUGGAAGCAAGUGGAGACCUUGUGCAUAUACUUGAAGCUUCUGUAUGAUGCAGCUAAUAUAUUAACCAGUGCGACAUAUCCAACUGCCAAUAUUUUCUUCCAUGAGGUGUGGAAAAUACAUUUAGAACUGACACAUGCUGCAAUGAGCCAGGAUCCCUUUGUUUGCAACCUUACCAGGCCAAUGCAGGAAAAGUUUGAUAAAUAUUGGAAGGAUUGCAACCUGGUCUUAGCACUUGCUGUUGUUAUGGAUCCUCGAUUCAAGAUGAAGCUUGUAGAGUUCAGUUUCUCAAAGAUAUAUGGUGAUGAUGCAGGGGAAUAUGUCAAGAUCGUAGAUGAAGGAAUUCAUGACCUCUUUCUUGAAUAUGUAUCACAACCGCUUCCUCUAACGCCAACUUAUGUGGAACGAGAAACUCCUCUCACUCCCAAGACAGAGGUAUCACCAGGUGGUACUCUUCUCUCCGCUGGUGAUGGGCUUUUGGAUUUUGAUGUCUAUAUUUCUGAGAUAUCGAGUAGCCAACAAACAAAGUCAGAGUUGGAUCAGUAUUUGGAAGAGUCAUUAUUGCCCCGGAUACAGGAGUUCGACAUAUUGGGUUGGUGGAAACUCAACAACCUUAAAUACCCAACACUUUCCAGGAUGGCCCGAGAUAUUUUAGUAAUCACAGUUUCACCUGCAACAGCUGAUUCAGUAUUCAACACUGAACUCAAAAAGCUUGAUCCCUACCGGAGUUCUCUACGUCCUGAGACAAUUGAGGCCCUUAUAUGUGCGAAGGAUUGGCUUCCUCUUGGAACGUCUUCUGACUUUUCCAAGGCAGUCGUAAAAAUGGAAUUUUAGAUAUUUGUUUUGACGCUCAUCUUGUAAGCUUCUUGAGACAGUAGUUCAUGGAGUUUUCUGCUGUAAUAUGUGUUCAUAAUUAUCCGGUAGUUAUUGUUCUCCCAGUAACUCCGUUUUUUUUUUUC